AUAUUUUAUUAUUGUUUAUGAAUAAUAACUAUAAUUAUUUUUAAACUAGACGUUUGAUUAUUUUGUUAUUGUACUGUAAUAAUAUAUCUGGCUUAUCUUUUUUUACGAUUUGUGCUUGUAAAAAUAAAGGAAAUCCUCUUUAUUAUGAAGAAACUUUUUAGCUAACUAUUAAAAUGGAUGUUUUCGAAGAAUUAGGAAUUCCCAGCAAGUACCUUAAAAAGACUAGUAGAGAGGAAAGAUUUGAUGCUUUGGUACAUAAAUCCUGGUUGAAGUCAAUAUUUAAACACCAAAAGUUAAUAGACUUCGUAGAAAAACCCAAAUCAGAAGCAUGGAAUAUCUUAGAAAAACCGAACUCCCCAUGGGUCAAAGUAAUUAUCACAGUAAACAAGAAACGGGAAUGCAAAGUUGUUCCGCUUCCUAAAAUAAGGCCUAAAACCGCAAAUGAUGAAAACCCAUUGUUUUUUCCCCAAUUAAUGCAAUAUAUUUCUCAAAGCAAUUUUAAGAACUUAUGGAAAGAGGCCUAUAAAAAAUAUGGAGGUGGUGGAGAAGGAAUCAAUGAUUCAGAAGUUACUCUUUUGGAUUACAAUCAGGCUCUAAGAGAAGUAAUUCUUCGGACAUAUGGAUGCCCGAUUGUUAAUGCCAUGGAUCCAACAGGCAACACUGAACCUUUAAAAGGUUUUGAUACACAUCCGAAUGUUAUACCGGUUUACUGUGCUAUUGAAACCUUAAAUGCAAUAUUUAUAUUUCACAUUCCUUAUUUGGAGCACACUUUAGCUGAUUGUGUUACUUUUAGUCCAGCUGUUUUAGAUAAAUGUUAUUCCAAACCUUUAUUUGUAAUUUAUCAGUUGAUUUGGUUGUUUAAAUCUAUGCACGACCAGAGCCUUACUCUCGGAGAUAUUACGCUAAAUGAUAUUUAUUUAAACGAUGACUUGUGGCUUUAUAUUUUUCCCCAUUUAUAUUCUAAUCUUUGCAUACAACAGCCGCAACCUAUUUAUACAAACCGACAUGGCGUUGUAAAAGAUUGCCGGAGAUUUGGGCACACAUUUGAAAGGAGUUCACUUAAAUGCCAAUUUUGUGGAAUAAAAACUUACGAUAAAGUUCAAGUGCAGAAUGAAUCUUUGGAGGAACUCUGUAACCUCUGGAUUGAAAGGAAGAUUUCAAACUACACAUACAUAUCUUUUUUAAAUAAAUUUUCAGGAAGAAAACUAGGAGAUCCUAAUUGCCACUAUGUAUUCCCUUGGGUGACAGACUUCGCUUCGAAAUGUGGAAAAAACUGGAGGGACCUAAAAAAAUCAAAAUAUAGACUAAAUAAAGGGGAUAGACAGUUGGAUCUAACUUAUGAAAAUGCUCAGACCCAAGUUCCUCACCAUGUAUCCGACGUACUUUCUUCCAUAACCUACUAUGUAUAUAUGGCAAGAAGAACACCAAAAACCGUUCUAUGUAAAAAUGUUAGGCCUAUAUGGGUACCCGCCGAGUAUCCAAGCUCAAUACAAAGAAUGCAAGAAUGGACACCUGAUGAAUGUAUCCCGGAGUUUUUUAUAGAUCCAUCAAUAUUUAGAAGUAUCCAUGAUGACCUAGAAGAUUUGGAGGUACCACAAUGGGCAUCUGGCCCUGAAGAAUUCAUCGAAAGGCAUCGAGAAGCACUGGAAAGCGAGCACGUGUCUGAAAGGUUACAUCAUUGGAUCGAUCUAACUUUCGGAUACAAGUUAUCAGGAAACGCAGCCAUAAAAGCUAAAAACGUAUGCCUUAAUUUGGCUGAUGAUCAUACGUUUUUGACCAAGUCUGGUAUAGUACAAUUAUUUUUUAAUCCUCAUCCAUCGAGAGCAAUAAAUACGCAAUAUUUUGGUAAGCUUCCCCCGAAGUUGCAUAUUUUUGGAUCCAGUAGAGAGAAGCAGCGAUCAAGAGACAGAAAUAGUCAUGCCAAUUUGGGAGUUGUAAAUAAGAGUGAUGAAGAGGAAAACUUAGACAAUACAGUAACAGGACCAUCCGCUUGGCCUACUUCAGGUCUUUCCAAAUACCUCUCGAGAAGUAGGUCAUCAUUACAUGAGGAGACUGAUGGAAAACCUAACCGAAGCCCUAGUGCGACAAGGAGCGCAAGUUUAGGCCCUAAAAAUUCUAGUUUUACUUCUCACGUCGCUUCUAAAUCUAAGCCAAACGCAUCUCUAAAUACAGGGAUUAUUUACCUUCCAAAAGACUACAAACCAGAACAAUCAUUGGAAACCCUAGAGAAACGUUAUAAUUUUAUUUCGAAGACAUUCCACGUUGAUAGUGGUAAAAGUUACAAAUUUUUUAACGACCCUCGAGGGACAGAAUCGAAACCACCAUUUGAAGACUGUCUAGUACAAAAUGCUUUUACUAAUUUUAUUUAUGCUGAGAAUUUUGAAGAGCAGAGGGUUAAAAACAAAGCUACAAAAUCCCAUACAUUUCCCAUAGAUAAUUAUCAUUGGGAGCAAAACUUUAAAGUGAAAAGCGAGAAGCCUUGCAGCUCGAGCGCAAUCUGUAAAUACUCACAGAUCAUAACGCAAAGAAGAAUCAAGGAGCUUCAAAUUUUAGGUUGCCUAAUAGUGGAAAUUUUCUUUCCGAAACAGUUAAGAUCGUUGGGUUCUAAUACGAUAUCACUGCCCUUUCCACAACGCCUUAAAAAUAGCCUUACCAUUGUAAAAACGCAUCAGAAUGAACUUCCUCCUUGCGUAUCAUAUAUCAUUAACAUUUUAUUGCAACCAGAAGUUAGUGAUUUAAAAAGUUUUAGCUAUCCGCCAAUAACAGAUAUUGGGCUUCCUCCACCAAGUGCUAACUUAUUAUUGCAACCCAUUCUCCAUCAAAUGAUACCCUUUCCGAAAGGAUUUCCAAUGUUGUAUAAAAUAUGCAGAAGUCUUAAGGAGUUUAGGAAUAUCGCUUUGGAACUGCAAAUACUGUACCAUUUCGAUUGUGAUGGAAAUAUGUGUGAGGAGAGCGAAAAUAUUGAAAGGACGAAAAUACUAUUUGCUCAAAAUAUCGCAGAGUGCAAAGUUAAAAUUUGUGCAAGACAAUUGGAAGACUUCUUAAAGUCAAUUAAUCCUAACACCGAUAACGUAAUCAUCAACAUUUUGAUGAUGUACGUUAAGGAACUUAUCGAAGAUCCUCCUACGUCAGUGUUAGCGCUUUGGUACCUUUUUGAUCCGAUUUCUAGAAUGUUAGGUCCCAAAAACACAUCAAAAUAUUUACUUAAUUCCAUCUUGAGGCUUUACGAUAACGAGCCCACUGAUGGUUAUUCCCCGUAUACAACUAAAAUUGCCAAGUUGUACCAUCAUAGUUUUUUGCUUAGACUAAUUGUAAGACUUGGCCUAAAGUGUUUUUUGGAUAAUUUUGUCACUCCUCUGGUAGAAGCUGUAGGAGGUUACAAAGAUUAUGAUCAAUCAGAUUUUUGCCUGCAUACUCAUACGGAAAAAGUGACGAGAAAAACCUCACAUCUUAAAAAUAUGGACGCUGAUAGUAAUCAGGUCUCUUUAAGUGACGAAUCGAGCCCAUCUAGUGAAAAACCUUUAAAAGCACCCAAAAUUGAGCUUGAACAGAUUAAGGAUGAAGAAUUAUUUGAUCUGGAAGAGGAUAAAGAAUCAGAAAUGAAAUUUAAAAGUUUGAUAGAACAUCUAGAGUUAAACGUGGCAUCGGAUCUUCCUUUUAAUAUUUCAGCUGCUGAAGAAGCCUUGGAUGCGACUUUGCCAGAAAAUUUAGAAGAAUUCAAUGCCUUAGAGGAAGAUGCAUUAAACUUUAUUGAGGAUCAAGAAGAUAAUAGUUCAAAUGCAGUAAUCUCCCCUACCAUUCCUAUACCGAUCAGUAGUCAUAAUAAUGUCAUUAAUAUCAGCUGUGAAAUAGGAAGUAGAAAGUCGGAAUCAGACAGCUCGAUUGAUAAGAAAUUCCCCGAAUCUCAAAAUUAUUUAUAUUUGGAUAGUCCAAAUUCAAGUUCGGAUGUUACAAAACUCUCAUCCUCUGUUACUUCUAAUACAAUGAGUUCCAGGAGUAAAAAAAAUAAUACGAAAAUUUCUGAAAUGAGUGUCGAUUCAAUUAUUUGGCUUUCACAUAGAUUGGGUCCAGUUCUAAUGGCCAAAUAUCUUUCAAGAAAUUUGCUCAAAAUGCUAACCCUUUGCUACGUGGGAAAGGAAAAUUUAAUAUUUGUAAAUACCGAAGAACCUUGUGAUACUAAUGCCAAAUCUAGUGAUGUAACUGUGACGUUAAGCAAAGUUGUGGGGGAUAAAUCCGCAGCUAACGUUUUGGAAUGUCUUGCAAAUGUUGCAGCCCUAUAUGGUGAGAAACUAAUAAUUUUUCAAUAUCUACCUCAUAUGACAGAAUUGUUGGCCCUCUGCAAAAGAAAAUUGACUCAGACUUUAGAGGGAGGCCUAAUAUCUUGUCUUGCAUUGCUAAAACAUAUCAUACCAUAUUUAAAUGAUGCAACACUUAUGGACCAUUUACAGGAUAUACUCUCAGGAAUUAUGCACCCAAUAGUAAGACUUUUAGGUUCCACAAAACAUGUAUUUCCAAGCGGUUUUGUUGCCAGAAAUGUGUUAGCUAGAAAAUAUGUGGAUACCUUAUUUGUUUUAUCUAUAAGAAUAGGAUCAGAUAUGACCAGGAAGUACCUAGGGGUACCGGCUCUACAAAGAUUCUUUUAUAUUUUUGAUAAAGUAUAUGGCAAUCGAGAUCAUUCAUCCUCGGAGAAAGAUGCUGGUUUUUAUACAAAUCAAAUAGACGCUCAGCCUAAUUCAUCAAGCUCAGUGGAUUUUACCAUGGGUGGUAAACCUAUACCAAUCAAUAAUAUAAUUUUAAAAGAGGAUGAAAAUAGUAGGAGCUCCUCACCAGGAGAUAUAUUUGGCGAAGAAAAUAUCCAGUCGCUAGCACUUCAAGAAAUUAAGCAAGUAUUCAGUCCAGAACUAGCUCAUAUGGCUUACGUACCAUUCCUGAAGCACGUUGGAUCCAAUUCUCUAGAUAUUUCUCUUAAAAACCACGACAAAAUCAGGGAACUGUGCCAAUUAUUUGAGCAAGAAAUGGUCGCUUUUGGCAAAAGUAAAACAUUUAACUUUACUCCGCAGAUCCCAUUAUCUAGCAGCGUUGGAAGUAAUAUUAAUUUAAUAGGCAAUAGAAUAGAUAUCCAAGGAGACGUUCACUAUAGUCAAACGUCAACCGAUCUGUUAAGUUUAGUAAGCAAUAAAAUGGAAAACAACUCGAGACAUUUGAAGGGUAAUUGGUUAAGCUAUUGGGCCCAUGAAAUAGGCAGGCCAGAAAAGGAUACUACGUUUCAAUUUAAUCAGAUUAAAUUGCAAACUUUUGUGGGUCACACAAACAGUAUCAAAAGUCUACAUGUCCUAGAUAAUGAAAACAGCUUUCUCUCUGGGUCAAGGGAUAAAACAGUAAAAUUAUGGUCUUUAAGGAGUCAAGGCGAUGGCACUUUAACUUCCCCGUGCCAAUGGACUUACUCCGGGCAUAAAAAAACUGUUUUAAGCUUAACCUUUGUCGACAGUCUCAGAUUGGUUGCCUCCUGCGAUAGUGUGGUUCACCUUUGGGAUCCUUUUAUGGGCGCGCUCGUAGGACAGUUAGAAUCACCUAAGUUCUGCCCCGUAAAUGUAGUCAAAAGCACGCCGUCACCAUCAAGCUUGAUUUUUUCUGCCACCACCGAAGGCAGUAUUAAAAUAAUCGACGGUCGAUUGGCGAGUUACGUCUAUGAUUUAAAGAUUUCAAUAAAUCCGUCAGGUCUAAUAAGAUGCUUAGCACUAGGUCCGUCUGGUACUUGGGUUGCAGCUGGUCAAUCUUCCGGAAGUAUUACCGUACUUGAUACCAGAACCGGAUUGGUUAUUUCCAGUUGGCGGGCCCACGAAGGCGAAGUUUUACAAAUUGUAGCUGUUAGUGAUGAAACAUUAGUGUCCAGUAGUCUAGACCAAACCAUAAGCGUGUGGAAUAUUAGUGACGGACGUUUUAAACACCAUAUGAGCUCCGUUCCCAGGGCCGCUACAGAGCCUGCACACUGUCUACAUAUCUACGAGGGCGCCGAACUAAUCAGCGCUACGACAGCCAAUAGAAUAGGCGUACAUACCGAGGUUUCCUCAGAGGCGUCUUACAGCAGUACGAAGCUUCGACCAGACACCUUCAAGGGCCUCCUCACCUCCAUGGGGAUGUUACCUCUAAAUAGACUAUUACUAUUAGGAGCUGAAAAUGGGCAAAUCAGUUUGUUCUGUUAAGGAACUUUCGGUCUUUGGAGGACCGAGUUUUCUUCCCUUAUAUUGAUGAAGGUAUAUGCAGGAAAGAUUUUUGAUAAAUAUUAAAAUCAUAAGCGAACGGAUUAUUAAGAUAUUAUUAUUAUUUAAGAACGGGUAUUUAAAACCAAAAUUGUUUAUCCUUUUUUUGCUUCGAAUUAUGUUAAAUGAGAUACAGUCUAAUAAUAUUUAUAAAGAAUUAUUGUUUUUAUUACAUACAUUACAAGAUAAAAAUGCACGUGGAAAUAUUCUAUUAUAGAUACAUAUCGCACAUGUAAUCCAAAAGUGUCACUAUACAAAAUAUUUGCAAAAUGUACUUUUUACAAUAAAACUCUUCCGAACCACACCGGCAACAAUGUCACUAUAUAAAAUAUGUUGAAUAAUUACAUUAGAGACCUCUGGAUGGCGCAAGUGUCAUUAUGGCUUACGCAAUAUUAAUACGCUCGUGGCGGGCAAUAGUGACAUUUUUUGUUUAGUGACGGUUUAGCCAAACCCAAAUUGAAAUAUAUUGCAAAACUUCAUACAGUGACCAAACUUUUAAGCAAAUGAGUUGUUCGGCGCGUCGUUCAACACGUCAAAAUACCAAAGUUUUCAAUUAAAUAAACUUUACACAGAAAGAUUAAAAUUGUUCGAUCGAAAAAAACAAGACAUUAAAAGUCUUAUUAAAAAUUCCUUAAUACUUCAAUGCUAUGUACACUCCUUUUAUAAUAAUAUUUUGUAAUGUUAAUUACCCACUAUAUUAAAUUUACCCAACGAAAAUAUUUUGUUUUUUCAUAAUAGAAGCUGUCCAUAUUUAAAGUUGUGUUUAUGUUGUAUUUACCAGGUGUUUGAAUAUUUUGUUUUAAGAAUUAAUUUUUUGUUUUUGCGGUUGUUUUUAUAGCCAUUAAUUUGGCUUUAGUGCCAUUUCUGUAUCAGUGAUAUAAACUUUUAUUGGCACAGUGUAAAUUUAACCGUAGUUUAAGAUUUAAACGUAAAGGACAGCUAUUUUGUAUGAAUUUGAAUGGAAAAUAACAGUGAUGGUUUAAAUUUUAAGCUAUGGAUAAGUUCGCGGUGCAUAAGUAGUCAUUUAGAUGGUCGGUUUAAGUUAAGUUAGUAGUUAAGAUAAAAAAUAUUUUUUAGAAGUACCUAUCUACAUCAUUUUUUGUUCAAGCAGUUGUGUAUAAAAAUAAAUGUUUUAUGUUUCAUUUAAUAUAAAAAUAUUAUGCUUUUCUACAUAUUUCUAUUUUUUUUUUUAAUUUUAUGGUUUGAAAAAUUUUGACAAAUUUUAAAAAUAUUGCAAUAAAUGGAAAAGUGACACUAUAAAUUAAGAAACUAAAAAAUAAACAAAUAAAAGAAUUUAUUUUCCAUUUCUGUUUAGUAAAAUGGCUAAAGCCAAAACAUCGUUCACUGUGAUAAAAAAAUCGUUCAUUUAUUAUCAAUAUAAUCACCGUUAUUUGUCUUUCCAUUUUGCCGAAAACUUUAAAUUGCUCUCCUGAUAAAUUUACAUUUUUCGUAUAGUGACACUUUUGAAUUACAUGUGCGAUAUGUCAACCAGUUUAAGAACUAAUCAGUAGAAAAGGAAAACCUGCGGUUUUGGUGGCCUAUACCUUUGAGUACAAAAAUUUGCUACCCUUGAAUACAAACUCUUUGGCUUUUGAGUUUUUUACAGAUUUAUAAUCUAUGUAUUUAGAAUAUAUUAAAGGUAUAUAUCGAAAAUAAUGCAUUUAAGUCAAUAGAUUGCUAGUAGUAGGUUCGAAUCAGUAAAUCGAGAACUAUAAUUCGUAAAUUCAAUGAGCUGGUUUGGUAGUACAUAAUUUUCCUUUUGGUUAUUAAGUUAUUUUUUGGAUAGAUGAUGCCCUUUUUAUAUUUUCUGAUAAUCAGCAUUCGGUUUAAAAUUUAUGACCUUUAAUUAAAUAUGCAAUGUAUGUCAUUUAAAGAUCUUAGAAAGUAUAAUAUAACUUAAUAAAAGAUUCCAAGUUUCA